UUCGGUCGGGCGCCAAAAUUCUGGGACAUUUCCUCGACCUAAGGAAAUAAUUUGUUAAAAAGACCAUUUAUGACUCUCCAUUUAUCGUUGUUUUGCCAACAUUUUAGAUGGCCGAUCGCCCACUUCAACCUAAAUGAUUUCUGCUAGUGAAAAUACAUUCGGGGUCAAACAAGUCAAUGCAAGUAAAACCGGUUUUACAAAUUUAGUUCGUCCGUUACGUGGGAUAAGUAAAUUGCCCGUAAAAAAAAUAUCCUUUCAGGUUUGUUGUCUUUCCCUUUUAGUCCGGUGUGAAUUCAGACAUUUCUUUUUUUUUCAAGAAACAAAUAAUUUUGAAAGAAUUCUUUGAAAAUGAAUAAUCGCUAGUUUUCGUUUGGUAAAGCAGAGUUAGUGAUUUGAACCGUUUUAAUCGUGACGUCACACCACCAACGCAAACCAGCUUGUGGCUUAUUAUGUCAAGUUGCGCAAAGAUCACUUCAUUACAAAACCGUCAGUGCCCACAUCAAGAACUAUACCAGAGUAAGCUGAGCAGGCCACAAAUUCAACAUGGUUCUCCAGCAAUGUUUGGCAUGUAACACAGUGAUGACAGAGUCUUGCAGGUCAUGCGUUUGUGGUCACGUGUUCAAAGACGUGAGAAAGAUUUGUGGAAAGAGGUUCUCAGAAUAUCGCGCUGAGUUAUACACACGCUUGGAAAACAGGAGAAUAAAACAGUUGGUACGACAAAACCGAAAAGCCAGCGAAAAGGGAACUUCCCAACAACCUCUCAAAGAACACAAGGGCAACCGGGAAGAAUCUUUAGUCGUUGCUUCAGCGCUCAAACCAAAGACCCACUCAGUUCAUUCUAAACCACUUCACCGAAGAAUAAAAGGCAAACGAUAUUCGCGCCCAGUAAACCCACCAUCAAACAAAACAACCAGCGUGCCACCAGAACUAGUGUCCAGGCUUCCAAGUGCUCUGCAAGAAAUCAACAGAAGACUGACGGGACAAAACUUAGUAUGGUGGACAAUGCACUUAUUAUAACAGCUACGACCAUCACAGGAUCAACUAAACAGGGAGCGAAAGUAACUUCUGAUCAUAAAUGGUCAUACACUGUUACCAGGUAGCAGACAUAGUUUCAAGACAAAUCUGGUAUCUGACCUAAGUUUCCCGCUGACAAACACGCUGAACUGAAUCACAUUAGUGAAGGAAAGCGUUUCAGACGCUUUAAAAAUUGGUGUCUCCGGCUUGUUUUGAUGCAGUAGAUUAUCAAAGUCCGAGGAACAUUACGAUGUUUGGAUAACUAUGAUCUCGAGGAAGGAGAUAGAACUGUUAACUAUAUACAAAUUUUAUAUUUAUAUCUUUUAUUGGAAAAAUAUCUCGAUCCGAACCCUUAUCUACUUGUAGAUAAGGAGCGACUCAUAUUAUCUACAGGCAUUACGGAAACCGGUCAUCAGUCGUUUCAUACCCAUCUCGGUCGAUUUGUACCCAUUCAACUGAGUCGUUUAGUGCCCAUACUGAUAAAGUUAAGUAUGUUAAAAUAACCGAAUUUAUUACCGUUAUAACAAAGGGGGAAAAAUUACAUUUACAUUAGCUUUUGUUGUUAUAAACAGUACACUAUGCUAUUAAAAAUAUCCCAAUUGUUUAGUAGUUUAUCGCAAUAUAAUUUUGCUUGUAUCUGACUUGCUAGACUCUACUAACUUGUCGUAAGCAACAAUCAACGCAACGCGCUGAUGUUUCGAUUGAACGUAGAUUGGGAAGGAUACGAAUCGAGACUACACGCACUCGUGUUACGUGUUGCUAUCAUUAAAUUUCCUUUAAGACCACCUGGAAGGUGAAAAGGAAAUGCAGGGGUUUUUAUGGACGUGAUGUACAAAUGAGAUUGAAAAAAUAGAGGACUGACUUAAAGCUCGAAUCGGAAUCAGAGUGAAUAAAAACUUAUCUGUAAACAAUAUCAGAUCAGGUGGAACACUCAGAUACAUCGGCACUGUUAUCUAUUAAGUUUAUUCUCGACCUACAGUUUUUCAAUUGGAAAUUACAGCAGUGAAGAGAAGGAAAGAGGAAAAAGGCCAUGUAUAUACCGUCACCGUUCUCACUUCUACCCGAUGUAUAGGACAUAGUUACAGAUAUAAUUUGAAACUACGCGCAAAGAUUCAUGAUUUCCUGAGGCACUUCACUUUAUCUCAUCCGUAUCUGGACGUUUCAUCCCACUAAAAGUUCGCCUCCAGCUGUUUCGCCCUUUUCACUAUUAGUUCGCUCCAUCACUUUUAUCAUAUCACAGCAGAUCAUGCCUCUUUUCUAACGAAAUUAUAAGUCAUAUUUAUUAUUAUUUCUUUUGUUGUUGUUUUUUUUUGCGAAAAAGAGAUAAUUCUUAAGGCGGAGAAGAGUUGAAGAUAUUGGGCAAAAGUUUUAUCUAUUGAGGGGCGUACUCAUCGUCAUAGGGGCGAACUGGAAGAGGGCGAAUUUGCAUUAAGGCGAAACCUUCGUACAGCUCAUCGAGUAACAAAACAGUUAUUCCAAAUAUGACUAGUAUCUUGUUAAAGUUAAGUGUCCACUCCUUUUGAAUCUACAUGAUUCAUAACGACAAAGACUAUGGGGACCGAUCGUUUACGGUGACGGCCCCAGUCCUAUGGAACGGCCUUCCUUUACCAAUAAGGCAAGAUAAAAAAAAAUGAUUCUUUUAAGCGUUUACUUAAGACUUAUUUGUUUUCCAAGGCAUUUCAGUGAAGAUGUUUUACGUACAUUUUUAUAACAAACACACACGUAUAGUUUUAUUGAGUUAUUAUUAUUUGUAGUAUUAUAAUUGUAAUGCGCUUUUGAUUAUUUGUAUAGAAAAGGCACCCUAUCUUAAUAAUUGUAGUUGUUUUGGAUCUACUGAUGCCGAGCGGUUCAAUCUCACAUUUGAAAAAAUUCCAAUCGCACUUCACGAUCCGAAAGAGAGUCUGUCUGAGUAAUGAACUUAAUUCAAUAGUUUUGAGGACCCGCUCUAAACUAAAUAAGAGUUGCUGAUUAAUGUACCGUUUUCUUUUCCUCAAAUUAUACCGGGAGCCUAAGUCCUCUAGAGUUUCGCAGUACA